AAAAUUACCGAACGCAACUGUUGAGUUUAGUGAUUUGCAUAUCUUAGGGUGUGAUCUGAGGUGAUGUUGAAUGAAAGUGAUUCGGAUUACAUGGAAAUCAUGAUCAUAUUAACCCGAUUUUAAUUGACCAAACUUCAUUAUUAUUAUUAUAAUAAAUAAAACUCUAUACGUGAAGAAAUGGAACAAAGGGUUGUUAAGAAAGAAAUAGUUAUUAACGAUGAUUGUCUUUGGAAUGGAAUUGUGAAACAAGAAUUUAUUGAAGAUAUAGAUGAAAAAUGGAAUAUGACACAUCCAAGUAAACAAGACUGGGAUAGAUGUCAAAUAAAUAAAAAAUACAUGAUUCCAGUUAAAACAGAAAAUGAUAAUAAACACAAUAAAAGAAAUAAAUCUAAAUGUUUGAAUGUUAUAUGGAAAAAAAUUACAGAAUUGUUAAGAAAUGGGAAAUGUAUUAAAAAAAUUACUGUUUCUGGGAUUAUAAUAUGUGUUUAUUGUGGAAAUUUAUACACAAAACGAGUCGAAUUUUUAUGUCAUUUUUCAAGUAAUCAUUGUAUAAAAAGAAAUGUAUUAUAUAAAACUGAAUUUAUUGAUAAAAAUCCUACUAAAGAUGAAACUAUUGAUAUUAGUAUAUUGGAAAAUAAUGUAAAAAAUGAAAUUGAAGUAGUGGAAAACGAAUUAGAAACAGAGCUUCAAAAAGACGAUUUUGAGACACAUACAGAUAGGGGUUUGGAAUUGUUUUCAAAGGUAAGUGAUUCAAACAAACAAGUGCAUUCUCAUAAAGAUAAAAAGCUAUUCAUAUGUUAUAUUUGUUCAAAAGCAUUUUCACGAAAAAGUCAUUUAAUUUCACAUAUAAUUAGUCAUAAAGGUGAAAGGCAAUUCAAGUGUAACAUUUGUUGUAAAUCUUUUAUACGUAAAGGUUGUUUGAAUACACAUUUGCGAACUCACACAGGAAAAAAGCAUUUCAAAUGUGAUAUUUGUUCAAAUAGUUUUUCUCGUAGAAGUAGUUUAAAUAAACAUUUAUUUAAACACACAGGGGAAAGGCUUUUCCAGUGUGACAUUUGUUUAAGAACGUUUUCACAUAAAAGUUAUUUAAAUUCACAUAUGGUAAUUCACACUGGAGAAAAACCUUUUAAAUGCGAUAUUUGUUCGAAGACAUUUUCACGAAAAAAUAGUUUGAACAGGCAUUCGUUUAGUCACACAGAGGAAAAGCCUUUCAAAUGUGAUAUUUGUAUGAAAACUUUUUCACAAAGAAAUAUUUUAAACAGGCAUUUGCUUAGUCACACAGAGGUAAGGCCUUUCCAAUGUGAUAUUUGUUCAAAAACAUUUUCACAGAGGAGUUAUUUAAAUUCGCAUAUUUUAAUUCACACUGGAGAAAAGCCUUUUAAAUGUGACAUUUGCUCGAAGAAGUUUUCACAGAAAAAUAUUUUAAACAGACAUUUGCUUAGUCACACAGAAGUAAAGCCUUUCCAAUGUGAUAUUUGUUUGAAAACAUUUUCACAAAAAAGUUAUUUGAAUUCACACAAACUUAUUCACACCGGCGAAGAGCCUUUUAAAUGUGACCUUUGUUCAAAAACUUUUCCAAUAAAAAGUAGAUUGAACAGACAUUUGGUGAGUCACAAAGAUAAAAAGCCUUUCAAAUGUGACGUUUGUUUCAUAACAUUUCCACAUAAAAAUAGUUUAAACAAACAUUUAUUUAGUCACGAAGAGGAGAAGCCUUUCAAAUGUCACAUUUGUUUGAGAUCGUUUUCACAAAAAAAUACUUUCAACAGACAUUUGUUUAGUCACACAGCGGAAAAACCUUUCCAGUGUGACAUUUGCUACAAAAAAUUUUCAAAAAAUAGUUAUUUACAUUCACAUAUGACAAUUCACACAGGGGAAAAGUCUUUUAAAUGUGGCAAUUGUUCCAAAACUUAUUCACUAAAAACUAGUUUGAAUAGACAUUUACUGAGUCACCAAGACCAAAAGCCUGUUAAACAUUUGGAAACCUUGGGGCAAUAAGGGGUCUAAGUCACAAAAUAUAUUCUAACAAACUAAAAAAGUUUCUGGUUCGUUAGUAAACAUAACCUUGAAAGUGCAUGUAUAUAGACAUUUGGUUUACUGUAUAAAAUAUAUACAGAAAUAUAUUCAGACAAAUUUUUAAACAUAGAAGAAUGAAUCGAGGUUUAUAUGAUCAAUUUUGGAACUAAGUAUCAUUUUGAAUCGAUUUUUUUUAUUUUAUUUUCGGACUAGAUCAAACCGUUGUUCUGGGAAAUAUGUUUCAUGUAUUUUUUUUUUCUGUUUUCAAUAAACGGAAAAUCUCGAUAUUCUGAUGGUAAUAAGGAAGGAAAAAUCGAUGUUAUUGUUGAUAAAUUAUCUCGAUUUUAAAUCUCUUUUAAUUAAAAAUUCGUUUAAAAGCAUAAAUUCAUAACGUUUUAACCUACUUCAAAAUAUGACUUUUCAUAAAAACCGAAAUAGGUCGAAACGUCAAGAUUUAGUGCUUUUUUCAAACGAAAUUUCAAUCCAAAGAGAUUUAAAAUAAAUAUAAUUUAUCAGCAAAAUGAUAUAAAAGAGGUCUAAGAAGUAAAACGAUAAGCCGUUCAUUUAUUUGCGAAAAUUCACACAGGAAAAUGAUUCAAAUUAACAUUCAAACAGUCACACAACAGAAAAGCCAAUGAAAUGUGAUAUUUGUACAUAAACUUAUACCUAGCAAAGUCUUUGAAUUAUCAUGGUUUUGCACAACAAAAUAUUAUAGCUCUAUGUAAUUUUAUUAUUGAAUCUAGAAUUACAAAAAAUUCUUCAAUCAUUCCUUCUAACAUAAUUCUGUAACUUUAUAUGUAUAAGUAGUUUUUUAUUUACAAUAAAUUAAAAAAAAACAAA